AAAAAAAAUCAAUUAUUUUCACUAUAGACUUUCUAUGCCAUAGCUGGAAAUUGGUGAGAUAUUUGGACACGUUGGGAGUUCCGGCCGCGAUUAUAACUGCCGACUUUCGAGUUCAGUUUUAGUCCAAACUUGAUUGGCCACGAGUCGAAACACCGGGUGUUUCGUGUCGUCAUCGAGUCGGAAUAUUGAAGAGUAGACAAAGGAUCAAAGCGGUGUAAAGAUGCGAAAGUUUCGUCUCGCCAGUUGGCUCCUGGUAUUGCAGACCUUGAUCGUGAUCGUCUGCUACCCAGUCGAGGGACAAUUCGACCACCUUUACAGUCCGUCGACUUUAAUCACCGACGUUUUCACGGUUGGCGUCCCGAAGCGAGAAACGCCGAUGCACAAGGUGCUCUUCACCCAGAGGGGAUACAUACAGUUCUUACGAUGGGAGCUUCCGGUGCCAGAAAUCGAAGAAUUUACCUUCUGCUUGUGGAUCAAGUCCUUCAACUUGACAUACGCUCAUUCGAUAUUUUCGUACUCAAAGGACGAGACUGAUCGUCUGGUGCGCUCUUGGAUAUCGCCGUUUGGCCGCAGCCUCCAUCUCGAGAUCGGUGGACUCGAGAUAAUGGCGCAUCCCAUCCGCCUCGAGGAACAUCGAUGGUACCACGUCUGUCAGAGCUGGGAUAACCAGAUCGGACGGUACGCGGCCUGGAUCGAUGGACAGAAGGCGACCGAGGGCCAAGCCGUUCAGUUGGCGGGCCACGUGAUUCCGGGUGGAGGUGACAUAGUCGUGGGUCAGGAGUACACCGACUUCGACAAGGGACUCGAAGAGGGAAUCGAGGGCGCGGUGGUGGGCUUCAACCUUCUCCUGGUCUCAGCCUUCGAGAGAUCGAAGAAUUUUUAUAACCAGCGAGACUCGAUUCUGUCCUCUUUGGGUUACGGGACUGAAGCAGGAUCGUUGAACUCGAAUUUCGCGUUCAAGAGAAGUCCGGAAGUCGGUCACUUCCGGAGGAGGACAGACGAAACCAGUCAGAGGCUGACCGCAAAACCGGUAGCAAACCGGUUCAUCGACUAUCCCAUGAAAAUUGUCAACGCAAGACGGGAGGGGGCUUUCGAAAGCACCUUGAGGGAGUAUCUCGGAGAUGACGGAGGGCUUCCUGGGACCCUGAUGAAGACGAGCGACAGGCAACGGCCAGUUCUGGCAGUGAAAUUUGUUCACAAGAGUAAAAGGGAGGCGAGGCAAACGAUGCGGGAUCGAACAAAGCGACGUGGAGGAAAAGAGCCUCUCGGCUUACAGCUGAUGCACUUGACUUACAGUCACUGCGAGAUCGGUAGGGGCAGUCCUUUCAUCGGAGGAUCAAAGAUGCUGAUAUCCUGGACCAGGACUCCGGUCAAAGUUUUCGGAGGGGCGAUUCUGAAGGACGCGAAGAGCUCCUGCGGGAACUUUUGAGCGGACACGUCCAAAGUUGUUUUUACAAGUACCUCAAGGACUCGCGGUAAUCAUUUUCA